GGCGGGAAGCGUAGGCCGCCAUCGAGAGCGGAGGCCGGACAGGGGAGGGGAGGUGAGGGGUGGUGAGGGGCUCUGGGACCCGGGGUCCAGGAUCUGAGAUCCAGGCAGUUCGCGGGUGCCGCCGAGAAUGGACAUCAGGCCGAACCACACCAUCUACAUCAACAAUAUCAAUGACAAGAUCAAGAAGGAAGGCUGAACAACCCCAAAACUCUCAGCCUUUCCUCAUAGGAGAGGUGCUCCAUCCCUCUAAUCAACUUGGUGGUCUCCUGGCCUUGCACCCACAAGCUCCAUGUCCUUCCUGUGCUGCGCACCCCAGAUCUGGAUGCAGCUCUGCAGAGCUGAAGAGGUCCCUGUAUGCGUUGUUCUCGCAGUUUGGUCAUGUGGUCGACAUUGUGGCUUUAAAAACUAUGAAGAUGAGAGGACAGGCAUUUGUUAUAUUUAAAGAACUUGGAUCAUCUACCAAUGCUUUGAGACAGCUACAAGGCUUUCCGUUUUAUGGGAAACCAAUGCGUAUUCAGUAUGCAAAAACAGACUCCGAUAUCAUCUCUAAAAUGCGCGGGACUUUUGCUGAUAAGGAAAAAAGAAAGGAAAAGAAAAAAGCUAAAACUCUGGAACAGUCAGCAAAUGCACCAAAUAAAAAGGUUAUCCAGGGAGCAACACAGAAUUCAGCCAGUGCCUCAGGGACUACACCACAGAAUCAGGUGCCUGAUAACCCACCAAACUAUAUCCUUUUCCUUAAUAAUUUGCCUGAGGAAACAAAUGAGAUGAUGCUGUCCAUGUUAUUUAAUCAGUUUCCCGGAUUCAAAGAAGUACGCUUAGUGCCAGGGCGCCAUGACAUCGCAUUUGUGGAGUUUGAAAAUGAGAACCAAGCAGGGGCUGCUCGAGACGCUCUCCAAGGAUUCAAGAUCACUCCAUCUCACGCCAUGAAAAUCACUUAUGCGAAGAAAUAGCUAUAUGAUCCUAUAAAGGACUUCUGUGGACAGGUGUUUUUUUUAAAAACACUGAUACUCUGGUCAGCUACCAUGUUUGCUGUUCCCUGCAGAAAACAUAAGACUCAAAUAGAAUUGCCACAAUGACCAGGGCACAUGUAAAAUUUUCACAGAUCACCCGGAUAGUAACUUUUUCUGUUGAAGUGCUAAUUUUUAUAAAAUAAAAUAUAAAUAUGCUGGUUUUGAGCCAUA